AUGUCCCGGCCUCCGAUCUGCCCUCAGACUCUUCUUUUUUUUUUCUUUCCCUCCCCCCAUCUCUGCAUUGCUGUCGAUGCGGCAGUGUGUGGCCAACGCACUUGGUCGUCGUGGGGCUUUUGGCAUGUGAUGUCACGACCUCGAACCUGUGCAUCAAAUUUCGCCUCUCAACUUCGGCAUUUGCUGCCGUCGCCUGACGCCCUGACCUUUGACCUUCACGUCACCGCCGCGCACCACUCCGCUGCCGAGUCCGUAUCAACCACCAGUCACUGUCUAUUCUAUCAGUACACACGACCUUCACAGACGCAGCAAGACACCGUUGGGUGCAUCGCGCACAUGUCCCAGUCCUCGAGUGGGCACUUUGAGUCUCCGUGGCUAUCGCACCUAGACCUGCCCAUGUCUUCACGCGACGACGCCUCUUCGGCCUCAACAUAUGAGUCGCAGAACGCGACCGGGCUGCCGCCGACCUACGCCUCCUUCUCCCCCGUCACCCUGUCCUCCAAGACGCCUUCGCGAUCUGCUCGCCGUUCGAAUAUCCUAGUUCAUCAAAAGAGUCCGCUGUUGCUGGCCACUCCACCGCAAGUCACCCGUGCUCUCGCUUACAGUCACCCCUUUCUGCUGCCGCUGAACAAGUUCGUUGGCCUGUUGACAUGGAGCACCGGUGAUCCGUGGCAGAGCUUUCUGCUGCUGUCAGCCUUUUGGCUGGUAGUGCUAUAUGGAGAUGUCGUGGUGCGAAGAGCCGGCCCCGUGGUUAUCGGCCUGGUCAUUAUCGCCGGCAUGUAUGGACGAAGAUACAGCCCAUUAAGCAGCAGCGGCUGGGCUGAGCCGGCUCGACCAACUAAGGAUGCGUCUAGUGUCAGCACCGCUUCGGCUGCCGGGUCUCAUGGCGAAGGUGCCAGCUCCAAAAAGGCUAAGCACCAAAGGGCUGCGUCUGAAAUUACAAGCACCAAACACCAGAAAACGCUUGACGAGAUCGUCGAGACGCUAAAGGAGUUUACCGGCCGAUGCAACGUUUUGAUGGAGCCGUUGCUGGAAAUGACAGACUUUCUCAGCACACAACGAACCCCCACGAGUGCAACCACGAAACCCGCCUUGACAGCCAUGUUUGUGAGACUUCUUAUUGUAACUCCUUUCUGGCUCGCCUUGACAAUGCCACCUUUCCACGUCAUCACUACUCGUCGUGUUGUUUUGGUGUUUGGCACAAUUAUAUUGACUUGGCAUUCAACUACCUUGAGGGUUACCAGAACUCUUUUGUGGAGGAGCUCACUUGUCAGACGGUCCGCAGCAGCAAUCACUGGGCUUCGUUUCGACGGGCCUCUCAAGACCGGACACAAGCUGGCUGCCGAAGCGGCCAAGAGCCACGCCGCCGCUGCCGGCAAAGGGAACCGCAAGGCUGGGCGCAGCAAAAGCUCUGGCGUCAAGUUCACAUUCAUCAUUUACGAAAAUCAGCGUCGUUGGGUUGGGUUGGGUUGGACAGCGAGUCUCUUUGCCUACGAACGCCCUGCGUGGACUGAUGAGCACAACAACCCGGUGCCGUCUAGGGAUGAGUUUGAGCUGCCCGACGUCGAGGACGGGAGCAGGAUGCGUUGGCAAUGGGUCGAGGGCAGUCAGUGGAGAGUGGAUGGUGUGCCUGAUGAGAAUGGACCUGUCGACUAUGAUGGCGAGGAGGGCAAGAAUGGCUGGAUAUACUAUGACAAUAAGUGGCAAUAUGGUCGACGAGGUCAGGACGGCUGGGCAAAGUGGACUCGACGACGGAAGUGGUACCGAGAUGCUGAGCUCGUUGAAGUCGAUGAAUCAGAGCAGCCCGUACAACCUGUACAACCCGCACCAGGCCAGGACGGUACCUCCAAGUCACCAAAGAAGGGCUACAAGAAGGGCUACUCUACUUCUGAUGAGAAAAUGGUACCAGUUCGUGCCGAGCCGCACCCCACGGCCGGUGACCAACCUGGCAACGAUGACGACGGUGCAUCAAUUUUCUCCACAUCUUCCAAAUCAUCAUUCUGGCCCUCAUCAUUCAGGAGACGGACGGUGGAGAAGCCGAGUACAUUGGCAGAAAAGGGUCCAUCGAGGAACAUUGCCGAGCCAGUACCCGACGAUGAUGCCAGCGGGCUAGAUUUGGAAACGGAGUUGGAAUUACAAAAGCAAGGCAAGGACGGUGGCCGAUGGGCAAUGGAAGACACGCCCCUUGUGCCGAGUCCCCUUGCAAUCCGACAAAGUCCCAGACUCCCCCGGGACGACGAGGAAGAAGACCUCCUCACGCCGCUUCUACAAUCUCGCCGCCCCUCACGACAGUACGUGUCCUUCUCCCCUCCGCCAAGCGACUCCUUCUCCCUCCCCAAAAGCUAUGCGCCGCGAGCGGAAGCCCUGCCCGCCUUCACACACCCCUGGCCAUCCUCGAGCAUACGCUCACUUACAAGCCAGGAGGAGCAGGCGGGCCCAUCCGCGCCCAGGGUGCCGCUGAUUCACAUCCGCGACGAGUCGCCCGGCGGCAACGCGAGAGAGACGUGUCUGUCGGUGUUCUCCGAAGAUGCAGUCGCCAGACUGCCGUUGACGCCGUUCCCGCCAUGGAUGAGCAACUCGGACAGGGAACGCCGGGAGACGUGCGACUCAAGACGCGAGCAGGGCAAAAGCGAAGCCGCAGGGUGUCACUGCGACGACGGGCCCGUCAGGAAGGGGGUUGUGCAUGCGACGGUGCUGGCGGCGCAGUUUGUCGCGUUCAUGGGCUUGUUUUGCGUGUGGGUGGACGUUGCGGUCCGCGAGGCCGCGGCCGAUUCGGGGUUUUGGCACAAGCUGUGGGUGUACUUCCAGCCGGCUCUGGGGGGUCUCGGUCUCUUUGCCGCGGCCGCGAUUCUGGCCUACGAGGCCAAUGGGCUGUCUGACGGGGUGUUUCUGGGCGUCCAGGCUGUCGUGUUGGUGGUGGCUGGUGCUGCUGGGUUCUGCGUGGUUUGGUGGGCGCUCGAGCUGGGGAGUCGUGCGGUUGUUGGGGCGGCGGCGGGCACUGCCGUCAUGAUGCUUGGGGUCGGACUGUUUGGGUUUGCGAGGGCGGCUGUGGUUUGGUGGCUGGAUGGUUGA